AUGCUCUUGCCCUCCAAGAAGGACCUCAAGACCGCCCUGGAGGUCUUUGCUCUUUUCCAGUGGGCCCUCAGCGCCUUGGUUAUCGUAAGCACUGUGAUCCUUGUCAAUCUCUACCUGGUAGUGUUCACACCAUACUGGCCUGUCACUGUGCUGCUCACAUGGCUGGCUUUUGACUGGAAGAUCCCUGAGCGAGGUGGCUGCCGGUUUACCUGCAUAAGGCACUGGUGCCUGUGGAAACAGUACUGUGAUUACUCCCCACUCAAGCUUUUGAAGACUCACGAUCUCUCCCCUAGCCUCAACUACAUCCUCGCCUGCCAUCCUCAUGGGCUCAUGUCCCACUCAUGCUUUGGCCACUUUGCCACAGAGAAGUCAGGCUUCUCCAAGAUCUUUCCUGGCAUCACUCCUUAUGUCCUCACACUGGGGGCCUUUUUCUGGGGGCCUUUCCUCAGAGAAUAUGUCAUGUCUACAGGGGCCUGCUCUGUGAGCCAGUCCUCCAUGGACUUCCUGCUUACCCGUAGAAGCACAGGCAACAUGCUGAUCGUGGUGGUCAGUGGCCUGGCUGAGUGCAGAUACAGCCUGCCAGGAUCUACCACCUUGGUCUUGAAGAACCUCACCGGCUUCGUACGCACGGCCCUUCGGCAUGGGGUGGCUCUAAUCCCUGUCUAUGCCUUUGGGGAGACAGAACUCUACAUAAAGCAGAUUUUCACUCCCAGGGGCUUCGUUAAUCGCUUCCAGUGGUUCCAGAGUAUGGUACACAUCUACCCUUGUGCUUUCUACGGGCAUGGCUUCAUUGAGAACUCCUGGGGCCUUCUGCCCUACGCUCGGCCUGUAACCACCAUUGUUGGGAAGCCUCUACCACUGCCCAAGAUUGAGAACCCGAGCAAGGAGACGGUGGUAAAAUACCAUGUGGUCUAUAUCGAUGCCCUGCACAAACGCCAGCACAAGCCCAAGUUUGGCUUCGCAGAGACCCAGGAGCUGGUGCUAACUUGACAGACAUCCCCCCGAGGUCUCUCAGCCUGGUUGGAAGGAGUGAAACAGGUGAACAAGAGGACAAAAGUCCUGAUUUGGCCAGUCCUCACUGUGACAGGUACGUGCGUGUGGGUGCCUGUUGGGCUGUUUUCUGGAUCCCUCUUCCUCUAUUUCUCUCCUUCUAGCUCUUCUCUGCCUUUUCCUCGGGGUUACAAGGAGACGGCCCCAAAGCCAGGGAAGGCCCUAGGGGAGAGGGGUCCUGAAAGCUCCCUCACACAUGCCCACUCGGCAUCAGCACUGAGGAAAACAAGGCACAGAACAAAAAGCCCACCUUCUGAUACUGCCUGGCCCCACCCAGCCUGUUCUGAGGGCCUAGUAUCCCUGCACUUGUCUCUUUUUCUCCAGCUCUUAAGCAGCCCCAUCUUCUGGCAUCAAGGCUCCUCCAGGACUGGUGGCCUUGAGAUCCAGUAGGCUUUGAGUUUAGGCCCCUCCACCUUCAUGCCCUGUGACUUGGAUCAGUCUUCUCUGAGCCUGUUUCCUCAUCUGUAAAAUGGGACAAAUAGUCCCUCCCCUGCUUACCUCAAAGGCUGGUGGGAUGAUGAUAUCGAAUGUGAUUGAACUUUGUAAACUGGAGAGCGACACAAAAUUAUUCUCCACCAACCAUUUUGCCCACUUCCUGUCCCUGAGCAAGCA